GGAUCUCGAGUACGUCCUAUUGUAGCGUGCAAGAUCCCACGAAAUGGCUUCCCCUUUGCAUCUGGCACUCCUCGCUUUGAUAUUCGCAACGCAAGCCGAUGGAAGGCGAGGUGGCGGCGGUGGGAGCGGUAGGAGCGGUGGAGACGGAGAUGGAGGCGGAGGCGGAGGCGGAGCUGGUGGAGGUGGUGAUGCCUUGAUCGACUACACCAAGGAUUGCAAAGCUGCCCAGGCGGCGCAGACGCAAGAUCUCUAUCUCAUGCCAGGAUCGUACUACUCUGGUCCACUUACCAUCACGCACAAGGUCGACUUCAAUUCCGCUGCUGCAGAUACUUCUUGCAGCAAUAACGACCAGCAGACGAAGCAGUAUGUCUACGACGCCAUACUCGCUGUCGGCCCUGUCCGCGACGGAAAUGAUACAGCAGAUGUCUUCUGGGGCCUUCAAGCUUAUCCUCCUGUGCAGCCUGUGCCGAGCGAUGCAAGGAAUGAAUUCGUGCGCAUCCGAAGCGCACGCUACGGCCAGGAAGAGCGGGAGAGAAAAGGCCUUCGAUUCUAUUAUCCCUAUCUGUCAGGCGAUGAAAGUGCUCUCGCGGUCCCGUGGAACGAGAGCUCUCGACAGUACUGGAAUAUGUCACUGUCUCCGACAACGUUGAGUGUCCCUAAUGGCACCGUGGCUGUGGACAGCUGGAACAUAUCCGCGACGCUUAUCGCAUGA